GCAACAGUUCUAACCUACGCUUUGUUUGGAGCUUUGUCUAUCUGCGUCUAGCUAGCUAGAACCGACAAUAGGAAAUGCAUUGAUUGUGUGACAGAUGGGGUCUUUUGUGUGAAAUCUACGACUCACUAACAUGACCUCCAGCGUCACACGCAGAGUAGUGCGUACGGGUGGGAGUUGUCUGCUGGUUAAACGCAUUGUUGUGUUGGGGGAUGAUCCAUCCGUACUCCUGCCUGCUGCUGUUUCUGCGAUUUGCCUCUGCUCGACUGUGGCUAGCGACUAACUAGCCUUUGUGAAUGGCCCACAAAGCAAACAAUUGGCCUCUCUGUGGAAUUAACAUCGAAACUUAACAGGCACCAAACAAGUCUAUGUCCAUUUUGUAACAAGUGAUAAGACCCAAGUACCGCUCGUUGGAUAACACUGUGCACGGAAUCAUAACCCUUUAGUAGGCCGUAUCGCUUUGUAAGAUUUCUGGCUAGCUACAGUGUCCUUCCACUAGCCAAACUGUUCGUGCAGCCGAGCAACACGGAGCAUCAAGAUGAAGAAGAAAGUUCGGCAGCACAGGACAGUGGUGCCGCAGAGGUCGCCUUCACCUAUCAAGCCUUCCCCCAACAAGCAGAUCUUGACCUAUGCUCAGGCGCAGCGCAUGGUGGAGUUUGAGCUUGACGGUCACAUCCAUCGGCUCAGCAUAUAUGACAGGCUGGACGUGAUCUCAGAUGAUGACCCCAUGGUUCAGGUGAUGAUGGAGAACGCCAGCAAUAAAGAGAACGCUGACAAACCACAGCAGCAGGUCCUCCUGAGGUCGGUGAGACUAAAAAACAACCAGGAGAAGAGAAAUGCUGCUCUGGGCAUCACUGGCCAUGGAGAGGGCGGUGGGCUUCAUGCCAGUGGACAUGCUGGCCCAAAGAUUCCAGAGCCAAAAUUCCGAACUGUGGAAUACAACCUUCCAGCAGUUCCCAAGCGCUCAGCAGCCUAUUAUAAAUACACAGAGAAGACAGAGGAGGAGCUUGAUGAAGAAACAGAGUAUGACAUGGAUGAGGAAGAUUAUGCCUGGCUGGAUUUGGUGAAUGAAAAACGUCGAGGUGAAGGAGUCAGUCCCGUGUCACAUAACGUCUUCGAGUUUCUCAUUGAUCGCUUUGAGAAGGAAUCGCACCUAGAGAGUCUGGAUCAAGCGAGUGAGAGGCACGUCCCCACUGAUGAAGAAUCUGUUUGCUGCAUCUGCAUGGAAGGGGAGUGUCACAACAGCAACGCAAUCCUGUUUUGUGAUAUGUGUAAUGUGGCUGUGCAUCAAGAAUGUUACGGUGUGCCCUAUAUUCCAGAGCGCCAGUGGCAUUGCAGACACUGCCUCCAGUCAUCAACCCAGCCAGCAGACUGCAUCCUUUGUCCCAACAAGGGAGGAGCUGUGAAAAAGACAGACGAUGACCGCUGGGGCCACGUAGUGUGCGCUCUCUGGGUCCCCGAGGUUGGCUUCUCCAACACCACCUUUAUUGAGCCUAUCGACGGAGUCUGCCACAUACCUCCAGCCCGCUGGAAGCUCACAUGCUACAUCUGCAAGGAGAAAGGGGUUGGGGCGUGUAUCCAGUGCCAUAAAGCUAACUGCUACACUGCCUUCCAUGUCAGCUGUGCUCAGAAGGCUGGCCUCUUCAUGAAGAUGGAGCCAAUCAAAGAUGUAACAGAAACAGGGGAGCCCACCUUCUCUGUUAAAAAGACAGCUUACUGUGGCGCUCACACACCUAAUGGGUGUGUUAGGAGGCCUCUGUGUAUCUAUGAUGAUGCCAAACCCAGAAAUGGACUUUGUAGGAGAGUGGAUAAAGGGCUGCCUAAAGGAAAGCAGAAAAAGAAGAGUAAGGGCAAAAAGCAGGAGCCUGAAGAUGAAAGUGAUGAAGCUGCACCUCCUGUUACUGUUCCUUCUUUUCCUGCUCACAGGUUACAAAGCAUCCUAAACCAGGUGUCAAUACAGAAGAAGAAAGCCUUUGUGGAGCUGGUACUAAAUUACUGGAUGCUGAAAAGGCAAUUCAGGAAUGGGCUGCCCUUGAUCAGACGCCUUCAGACAAGCCUGCAAGCACAGAAGAACUCCCAGCCGGUGUGUUCAUCUAGGCAGAAUGAGGAGGAAAGCAGAGCCUUAAAAGAACAGCUGAAGGAGUGGCACCGCCUCCGACAUGACCUGGAGAGAGCCCGACUGCUGCUGGAGCUUAUUCGCAAGAGAGAGAAGCUAAAGAGGGAAGAGAUUAAACUACAGGAGACCCUUAUGGAGAUGCAGUUGACACCGUUUAGUAUUUUGCUCAUAGCUCUCCUGGACCAGAUCCAGGCAAAAGACCAGGCCAGGAUCUUCACCCAGCCUGUGGAUGUCAAUGAGGUGCCAGAUUACCUCGACCACAUUAAACACCCAAUGGACUUCUCCACCAUGCGGCAGCGUAUCGAUGCACAGGCCUAUAGCAACAUUGACCAGUUUGAGGCCGACUUCAACCUCAUUAUUGACAACUGCAUGAAAUACAACUCGAAGGACACUUAUUUUUACCGGGCUGCCAUUCGACUCAGAGACCAAGGCGGAGUCUUGCUCAGAAAGGCCCGGCGAGAUGUGGAGAAGAUCGGCUUUGACACAGAGAGCGGCAUGCAUUUGGCAGAAGCUCCUGAAACCAAAGCAGUGCCGUCAUUUUCUUGGGGAGACGUCGACCGUCUGCUUGUUCCAACCAAUCGGGAGCAUCUAUCUCUGGACAAGCAGCUGCAGCAGCUCCUGGAGAAGUUCGAUCUGACAUGUGGCAUGAAGUCCAGUCCCUCCCGCAGCAAACGCCUCAAACUGCUCAAAAAGACCAUAAACGAUGUGCGGAAUGAAAUAAGCCUUAAGAAAGUUCUGCCCUCUCACCACCAUCUUUCUUCUCCCCCGUCAACUUCAGCUUCAUCAGCUCCCUGCCUUACAGAGCGAGGUAAAACAGCAGAGGAGAGGCUGAAACCCAAUGGCCACUUCCCAGAUGAUGAGGGAGACAAGUCUCUUCCUCCUAAACUGGAGCCGUCAGACUCCAUACCUCCCCUCAACCACUCAGACACAGAUCCCGAGCCCCCCACCCUCAAACCAGUCGACGCUGCCCCAGACUGUGAAGACAAGUCUCCCAGCAAGCGAAUCAAGUUUGACAGGGAAAUGCCAGACCUCCUCUCCUCUACCCCACGCCUCAAUGGCCACUCCCACGACAGCCUCCAGAGCGUUUUGUUGGAGGGAGACGUGAGCGUGGUGGCCACGUCCACCGUCGCAGAGCCCAUGGGCACAGUCAGCCGUCGGACGGCCGUUCUCUUCCGCAAGUCGAAGACCGCCAGCCCACAGAAGCCCCCCAGGAGCGGAGACAAGGAGACAGAUGGAGCUGACAGAAAAGAGGGUGAAGAGGAAGAAGAUGAAGACGGCGCUCAGCUGGGCUCCAAAUCCUUCCUGUCAGUGGUCAUACCUCGGCUGGAGACGCUGCUUCACAGCAAGAAGAGGAAGCACAGUGACGGCAGAGAUGAGGAUGAGGAGGGAGGAGGAGAGCAUGAAGAGGAGGGAGAGUCUCCUGUGAAAAGGCUUGACACGGGUCUGUCAAGAGGUUUUCUGGAGGUAGAAGAGGAGAAGGAACUACAAAAAACCGAGAGAACCAGUAGAUCUGUGGAACCAAGAAGACGCUGUGCCUCUGAGUCCUCCAUUUCUUCAUGUUGCAGUCUGCCAGGAAGCACCAGCACCAUUCUUAGUCUUCCAAAAUGUGGGAAGGGAAAACCCGCUUUGGUGAGGAGAAACACUGUAGAUGAUAAAAGUGAACUCAUCGCCUGCAUCGAAACGGGGAACUUUGCAAAAGCUGCACGUAUCGCUGCAGAGGUUGGCAACAGCAAUAUUUGGAUGCCUGCUAGUGCUGCAACAGUUACAUUGGAACCCCUAAAGCUAGUUUGGGCCAAAUGUAGUGGAUACCCUUCCUACCCUGCCUUGAUAAUCGACCCUCACAUGCCGCGUGUUGGCUGCCAGCACAAUGGGGUAUCCAUCCCCAUGCCCCCCAUGGACGUGCUCCGCAUCGGAGAACAGAUGCAGUACAAGGCCGAAGAGAAACUCUACCUCGUCCUCUUCUUCGACAACAAGCGCAGCUGGCAGUGGCUUCCUAGAUCCAAGAUGGUUCCUCUGGGGAUAGACAAGACCAUUGACAAGAUAAAAAUGAUGGAAGGACGCACAUCCAGCAUCCGCAAAGCUGUUCAAGUUGCCUUCAGCCGCGCCAUGAACCACCUGAGCAUAGUGCAGGACGAGGCAGUCAGCGACCUCAGUGAUGUGGACUGACGACAGCCGCAACCGUCACAGAUUUGCACCUCUCCUGAACCAAAUAGCUCCUUACCCCCCCUUCCCUAACCCGCCUCUGCCCCCGGUUGUUUCUGCAGGAGACUUAAAACGUUUACUGGGCACCUGCUACAACAGGAAUGAAUGUGUCUGUAUUUCCUUCCCCACCUCCAGGCUCGCAACUGUGCCGAAAGAGUCCUCUUUUAUUUAGUCUCUGCUACCCGAACUCCAACCUCCAUGUCUGCCAUUUUUCAUUUCAAGGCAAAAGUGUGAAUGACUGAUUUACUUUGUUUUGGUAACCUUUAUUAAACCUGUCACGGGUGUGAAGACAGCGACUAAUAAAUUUAGAUUGAGAAGUAUUCUAAAUCAAAUCCAUUAUUUCAAAUUAACUCGACCUCAACUGAUUUUAAUCAAAAAAUGACAUUCACAUACUCAAGUUAACUCCAUUUACAAAUCUUUUAUAUUGUAUUUAAACUGUAUAUAAUCUCUAUAGUUACCUGACACUAACUUAUUUUGUAGUUUGGACAUGAGUACUGUACAGGGUUGUUUUUUUUCUUCUUCUUCUUCUUCUUUUUUAGUAUUUAUACUUCUUGACAGCAAUGUAAGAUGUUGUUUUACCACUCCUUUGUGAUCAAGAAGAAUUUGGGACACACACACACACACACAAAAAAAAAAAUCCAAAAUCCUUAGUAUUAAGGAGAUUAGGGCUUAAAUUUCAUGUUUCUGAAAUGUAUGAAAGUAUUCCUUUUUUAUUUAAGUUAUUGAAGUUUCAAGUGUAAGCUUCUAUUUGGCAUUAAUCAUUUGUAUUAAGAAUAGUUUUAGUAUAUUUUGUUUAUAUAUAUAUAUAUAUAUAUAUAUAUAUAUAUAUAUAUUUAUAUGAUUUGAAUACAUGGUAUACAGUAUGUACGUCUAAUGUUGUAGACACAGGACGUUUUGUUCUCAAGAAACCAAAAAUAUUUGCUGCCCAGACGUCUUUGCUGAUUGAUUUUUCUGUGUGAUGUGAGAAAUUGUUGCCAAAAAAAGAAAAUAAGUGAAGUGUAUUUUUAUGUGAUACAUUUGACUGUUACUUGGUUUUCCUGUAGUAGUGCGGGGAUGUGCCUGCGUUAACUUAUUGUAAAGUAUUUGCAUUACUUUAUGUUCAAGGUGCAAAUUGAUUGUGGUCAAGUGGCACACUUUAUGGUGGAUACUUGCCUUCUUCUAAAGUAACCUUUUUUUCUAACUUUUGUAGUUGUAGACUUUAAAGUAUUUCAUUUUUUUUUUUAAUAAUAGCCUUUUUUUUUUCUGGGUAGCAUUGGGCAGUUUUGUAAACUUCAUUUUGUACUUAAGUGUUUUCUUUGUGUUUUUUAUGAGGUCAAAAAUAAAUGCUGGGACUUUUUGUAGCAAAGCAAAAAAUAAAACUAUAAACUCUG